GCGAGCGCCCUGGUGACUUAACACGGGAUAGAGAGAGAGAGAGAGAAAGAGGGAGAUGGAGAGAAAUGAGGUCUGAAAAGGACCAGAUGACCGUGGGCAAGGAGAAGAGCGUCGUGGAGAUCCAGUUCAGAGACAUCCCGAGGGAGCAGGACAACACUCCGGGCAACGCCAAGCAGAAAGAGGAGAAGAAAGAGGUUUUCACCAAGGUGGUGCUUCGAAGGCUUCCGCCUAACCUGUCAAAGGAGCAGCUGGAGGAACAGCUCAGCCCGCUUCCAUCCUAUGACUAUUUCGAGUUCUUUCCAGCCGAUCAAAGUCUUUAUCCACACCUGUUCUCCAGAGCGUACAUCAACUUUAAAAGCCCUGAAGAUAUCCUGCUGUUCAGGGACCGAUUCGAUGGUUAUGUCUUCAUUGACAACAAGGGCCAGGAGUAUCCUGCAGUAGUAGAGUUCGCCCCCUUCCAGAAAAUCUCCAAGAAGAAGCUAAAAAAGAAAGAUGCCAAGGCCGGGAGCAUUGAAGAAGACCCAGAAUAUAAGCGGUUCUUGGAGAAUUACUCCUGUGACGAGGAGAAGUCUAUGGCCAACCCUGAGACUCUGCUGGGAGAGAUAGAGGCCAAGACCAGAGAGCUCAUCGCCAAACGGACAACACCGCUGUUGGAGUACAUCAAAAAUAAGAAAAUUGAGAAACAGAGAAUAAGGGAAGAGAAGAGAGAGGAGAGGAGACGCAGAGAGCUUGAAAAGAAACGGCAAAGGGAGGAAGAGAAGAGGAAGCGACGGGAGGAGGAGAGGCGCAAACGGAAAGAAGCCGAGAAGCAGAAGAAGCUGUCUGACAAAGACAUCAAAAUUAAGCUCCUGAAGAAGAGCGACAGGGACGACGAUGUGGAUUCAGACCGAAUGAAGGACAAAAGUGACGUCGGGGAGACAGACAGAGGCAAAUGGGAGAAAGCUGGAGGACAAAUGAAGUCAAAGGACUCCAAGGAAAAAGGUCAGCCUGAGAGUGACAAAGAGCAGAGAGAGCAGCACGGCCGCAGGCAGAGAGAUAAGGACCACCGCGGGAAAGACGAGGAGAGGAAGCGACAGCGACACCACUACGAGUUCGACAAGUUUAUGAGGCGCAAAGAUGAGACCAAAUGGGGGAAGGGCUACUGCCAGGACCGAGCCAAGAAAGAGGGUCACCAUCAUGGCUACUCUUACUGUCCUGACGGUGGUGAUGGGAAAAUGGGGAAGGAGGACAGGGAGGAGCUGGGUAACAGGAAGGAACGCCUCCGAAACAAGGUGAGCGAGAAGGACCGUCCAGCCAUGCAGCUCUAUCAGCCAGGCGCACGCAACAGGAAGCGCAUGAGCUCCACGGGCAAAGGCUACGACUGCAUCCCCGCGGGCCACUCGCCCGAACCCGGGACGGAGCACUGCUAUGAGGUGGUCGCUAUGGCGACGGGGCUGGAGAAAGGGUUCGAGAAGAGCAAAGAUGAACAGUGAGCGGUCGGGGUGUUUAGGAAAAAUACAAAUAUUAUUGUGACGAGUGACGGGUUUGACUCCUCGCUGAGCUUUUAAAAAAUAAUAUACUCCGCUGAGGGAGCAAGGCACUUCAGAAGCAGUCUUUAGGUGUCAUGAAAUUCAAAGUUUUAAAUGUCGGUCAAGGCUUUUUGUUUCGCUGUAGCAUGAACAUUUUGAGUAUACACUAAAUAUUUUAACCGUCUCGCUGUUCAGAGUACACCGUUUGGUUGAACCCCUCGAGUAAACCACAUGAGACGCAGGCGAAGCCGGUUUAUGAUAGCACAACUGCAGUGAUUCAGUGUAUUGUUGGCACUACUUUGGUGUAAAUGCACAGAUUGAUAUUUCAGCUGAAUUUUGAAGUCGCCUCCUGCAAAGCUAGUUUCCAGUUUCAUCGAAGCUUUUCCACACGAGCCAGCCGGUGUCGCUCCCUUAAAGCGGCAGCUCGCAGUUGGAAUCCAUCGGCGGCUUUCUGGUGAAACCACAACCACGUCCUCUGCAGCAGACCUUGUUACUACGCCUUUGUAGACUCUGUUGGACCUGGAUGUUUUUAGAAAUCCUAUAGAUUUUAUGAAAACGAAAUAUAAUGUAAGUCUGACUUAUUAAUAAUGGAUAUAGAACAUUUAACAGAGGUAAUCCUGUGUGUAUUUUUGUGGAGAGCGAAUCAGAAGAUGCAUUAUUGAUAAAGGGGGCGAUGUCAAUGUGUUUUACUGUAUUUUCCCCUCAUUCAUCAUCGUUCAUCUUAUUCUAAGGUGUCAUACAACAGAGACAAUAAUGUUUUUGUCAGCAGAGCUUUGUACAUCAUCACCCGUGAGCCAAGAAGAACACAUUCUCUACAUUUAUAUAAGGCAUUUCCUAGAAGUUGCAAAGUUUGACAAAUGACAUAACAUUUUCUAUGCCGCGCGCAUGGUUUUCUAUUGAUUCUGUCAACUAAAUGUAAUGGGGGGAAAAGCUACAGAUAUUGAUAAAUUAAUAAAGCCUGUUUAACAA